AUGUCUGAGCUGUGGUACCAAAAGCCUGCUGCUGACUGGAAUGAAGCCUUGCCAGUUGGCAAUGGACGUCUGGGUGCCAUGGUAUACGGACGCACCGACACCGAAAUGCUACAACUCAAUGAAGAUUCUGUGUGGUAUGGAGGCCCGCAAGAUCGAAACCCACAAGAUGCCUUUGAACACCUCCCACGCCUGAGGGAGGCGAUACGAGAGGGUAAUCAUUCCGAGGCUGAGAAGAUAGCCAGACUGGCGUUCUUCGCCAACCCAACAAGCCAGCGGAAUUACGAACCCCUUGGAAACAUUUUCUUGGACCUAGGCCAUGACCAAAAAGAGGUAUUGGACUAUCGGCGCUCACUCGAUUUAACCAAUGCGGUGGCACAUGUUAGCUAUGAGUACAAGGGUGUCCAUUUCGAACGCGAAGUCCUGGCGAGCUAUCCGGACAAUGUCCUCGCGGUCCGACUGCGUUCGUCAAGCAAGUCAGAGUUCGUUGUUCGAUUGACGCGCAUGAGUGAUCUGGAGUUCGAAACACAUGAAUGGAUGGACGAUGUUUGUGCACGCGACAACUCCAUCACGAUGCACGUUACGCCGGGUGGCAAGAAUAGCAACCGGGCGUGCUGUAUGAUACAAGUCCACUGUGAAAGUGAUGAAAGUACAGUCACCAAGAUCGGCAACAAUCUGGUAGUAAAUUCCAGUGAUGCCUUGCUUGUGAUUGCAGCAGAGACUACAUUUCGGUACGAAGACAUCGACCAGCAAACUCUGCAAGACGUACAGAAUGCACUAUGUCUCUCUUGGGAUCAGCUGAGAAAACGGCAUAUUUCAGACUAUCAAUCACUGUACAACCGGAUGGAAUUGCGACUUGGGCCACACUCUCCUCAAAUUCCUACCGAUGAACGUCUAGACUCGUCUCGAGACCCAGGACUCAUUGCACUUUAUCAAAACUACAGCCGCUAUCUUGUGAUAGCAUGUAGUCGAGAUGGAUACAAAUCGCUCCCGGCAAACCUGCAAGGCAUUUGGAACCCGUCUUUCCAUCCAGCAUGGGGAUCUAGAUUCACCAUCAACAUCAAUCUGCAAAUGAACUAUUGGCUAUCAAAUCUGUGUAACUUGUCGGAGUGUGAACAGCCUCUUUUUGAUUUGCUAGAGCGCAUGGUUGAGUCCGGCCGGGACACGGCUCGUAUCAUGUACGGGUGUCGAGGUUGGACAGCCCAUUCCAACACAGACAUUUGGGCCGACACCGCUCCCGCAGAUCGAUGGAUGCCAGCUAGUAUCUGGCCAUUGGGUGGUGCAUGGCUGUGCUACCAUAUCUGGGAUCAUUUCCAGUAUACAGGCGAUGAAGAGUUCCUUCGCCGGAUGUUUCCCACGCUGCGUGGGUGUGUAGAGUUCCUGUUGGACUUUUUAAUCGAAGACAAGAAUGGUGAAUAUCUGAUUACCAGCCCAUCUGUCUCCCCCGAGAACUCAUACUAUGAUCAUGCCGGGGAGAAGGGAGUGUUGUGUGAAGGGUCAACUAUCGAUAUUCAGAUUGUUGACGCAGUCCUGUGCGCAUUUCAAGCUUGUGCAAAGGCUCUUUGCGUUGAAGAUUCUCUUUUCCUAGCAGCCCAACUGGCUAGAGACCGCCUGCCACCAAUGCAGAUCUCCGAUGGAGGCUAUUUGCAGGAAUGGGCCACCGACUAUGUUGAGGUCGAACCUGGACACCGCCACACUUCUCACUUAUGGGCGCUUCAUCCAGGUAGCGCCAUCACACCAGCCCAGACCCCUGAAUUUGCAGCGGCCUGUGGAGUGGUCCUGCGCCGUCGCGCAGAACACGGUGGUGGUCAUACCGGUUGGAGUCGUGCUUGGCUCAUCAACUUGCACGCACGUUUACUCGAGGCCGACCAGUGUAGUCACCACCUAGAAUUACUGUUAACUAAGUCGACAUUACCCAAUCUGCUGGACAGUCACCCGCCCUUCCAGAUCGAUGGGAACUUUGGCGGUGGGGCCGGCAUCAUUGAGAUGCUGGUCCAAUCCCACGAGCCUGGCGUGAUUCGGAUUCUUCCGGCAUGCCCCGAAGACUGGACUGGGUCUCUUCGAGGGGUACGGGCACGUGGGGGUUUUGAGCUUCAAUUUGAAUGGGAGAAUGGUCGCGUUGUUGGCGAAGUGAGAGUCAAGUCGGAGAAAGGAGGGAAGGUGUUGGUAUACAUCAACAGGAUAGAACGGGAGAUUACUGGGCAUGGAGAGCAUGUCUUACAGGUUUCUUAG